AUUAAUUGCCUUGUCAGCUAAACGCAAUCGAACUACAAUACUGUCUGAUGCAAUAAAUUGUUGAAGUUAUUUUUCAUCAAAAGGAGUAGUUUAAACAAAAAUUUGUAUAAAAGUUGAAUAGAGCAAGACUCAAUUCUACAUAAAGUAUCACUAUGGACACUGAGAAUGGGUUUGAUCCAACUUUAUUAAAAAAGAAGAAAAAGAAGAAGACUUUCGAUCUAGACGCCGCACUUGGACUUGAUGAAGGCAACAAGAAAGAGGAGCCUAAAGAAGAGGCCCCACUGGAUACAGCAGCAGCUGAUUUAGACGAUAAUCUUGAUUUAGAAAGUUUUGGAAAGAAGAAAAAGAAGAAGAAGAAGCCUUUUAACUUGGAUGAACUUGAAGGUGCUUUACCUUCGGCGAAAGAAGAUGAGGAAGAGAAUAAUACUGCUGCGCAGGAGGAGCCAGAGGAUGACGAUAUCAAUUUAGAUAUGGACUUCUCUAUGGCCAAAAAGAAGAAGAAGACUAAAAAGAAGGAUUUAGAUGAACUUUUUGCCGAUAAAGGAGAAGAAGAAAGGAGUGAGGACAAAGAAAACAUUGAUGACAACAGUACAUCUUGGGCCGGUUCAGAUCGUGAUUACACAUAUGAUGAAUUAUUAAAACGUGUUUUCGAAAUUAUACUCGAUAAAAAUCCAGAUAUGGCGGCUGGUCGUAAGCCAAAAUUCGUUAUGAGACCUCCUCAAGUAUUGCGUGUCGGCACAAAGAAAACUUCAUUUGCAAACUUUAUGGAUAUUGCAAAAACACUUCAUCGUCUGCCUAAACAUUUAUUGGACUUUUUGUUAGCUGAGUUGGGUACCAGUGGUUCAAUGGACGGAAACCAACAACUUAUUAUAAAAGGUCGUUUCCAGCCUAAACAGAUCGAAAAUGUGCUGCGUCGUUAUAUCAAAGAGUAUGUCACCUGCCACACCUGCCGCUCUCCUGAAACUAUUUUGCAAAAAGACACCCGGCUUUUCUUCCUACAAUGUGAAUCCUGUGGGUCUAGAUGUUCCGUAGCAAGCAUAAAAUCUGGUUUCCAAGCCGUAACUGGAAAACGAGCAGCGAUUCGUGCGAAAACUUCAUAAAAUACAUCAUCUUUUCGUCACUAGAAUUUCUUUUGUUCUUUUCCUAUUGAAGAUUUAUUUAGUUAUAACAAAUUCGACAUAUGACAAAGAGCAAGGAAAAAAUAGAACAAGUUGAACUAAGC